AUGGGCUGUCUUGGAGGGAAGACGGAGGAAGAACGACUGGAUGAAAAAGCGAAGCGAGAAGCCAACAAGAAGAUUGAGAGACAGCUGCAGAAGGAGAGACAGGCUUACAAAGCUACACACAGACUGUUACUGCUGGGUGCAGGAGAAUCAGGUAAAAGCACCAUCGUGAAGCAGAUGAGGAUUCUUCAUGUGGACGGUUUCAACGCUGAAGAGAAACAGCAGAAGAUUCAAGACAUCAGGAAGAAUGUGAAGGAUGCUAUAGUGACCAUUGUGUCAGCCAUGAGUAUGUUGACUCCACCCAUGCCUCUGGGUAACCCUGGCAACCAGUUCAGAGUCGACUACAUCAAGAGCAUUGCACCACUGUCUGACUUCGAAUACACAGAGGAGUUCUUUGAGCACGCUCAGAAGCUGUGGGAGGACGACGGCGUGAAGGCCUGUUUCGAGCGCUCCAACGAGUAUCAGCUGAUCGACUGUGCUCAGUACUUCCUCGACAGGCUGGAUUCAGUCAGGAAGACGGACUAUACUCCGACUGACCAGGAUUUGUUGCGCUGCAGAGUUUUGACUUCGGGGAUCUUUGAAACCAGAUUUCAGGUGGACAAGGUCAACUUCCAUAUGUUUGAUGUCGGUGGACAGCGAGAUGAGCGCAGGAAGUGGAUCCAGUGCUUCAACGAUGUAACAGCCAUCAUCUUCGUCGCAGCGAGCAGCAGCUACAACAUGGUGAUCAGAGAAGACAACUCCACCAAUCGGCUGCGAGAGUCUCUGGACCUCUUCAGAUCCAUCUGGACCAACAGGUUUCUGAAGACCAUCUCAGUGAUCUUGUUCCUGAACAAACAGGAUGUGCUCGCUGACAAGAUUCUGGCCGGAAAAUCCAAACUGGAAGAUUAUUUUCCCGAAUACAACAACUACCAAGUACCUCCUGAAGCUGUUCCAGACGCCGACGAAGACCCCAGAGUGACCAGAGCCAAGUUCUUCAUCCGAGAUGAGUUUCUGAGGAUCAGCACAGCGAGUGGCGAUGGGAAACAUUACUGCUAUCCUCACUUCACCUGUGCCGUCGACACCGAAAACAUCCGUCGUGUCUUCAAUGACUGUCGUGACAUCAUCCAGCGGAUGCACCUGCGGCAGUACGAGCUGCUCUGAUUGGGUCGCCACCCCCCCCACCCCCCGGCCCACCCAGUAACUGGGUCGAUGUAGAAGCUAAUCCGAUAUCUAAUUAAUACUGAUAGAUCCAGAUGUAUUUACACUGUUUAUGAGUCAUUGUAGCAGUUAUUUUUAAACAGGCUUUAACUGAAUAGGAAUAGAAUAAUUUAAAGUUUUUUAGGAGCAUGUUAUUAGUGUCAUUACGGCUGACUGGGACACUCUGCAUCUCUUUUCUUUCCACACUUUUGUCUUCAUCCCUGUCUGAUUCAGAGGAUUGUGGGUCGUGUGGUUCUGCCCAUGGAAAGGAAGCACGUGAUGUGGGUUUCCUGUUGUUGUCACGGCAACAGUCUGUCAAAUGGGACGAGGCGGGGUUCAUGUCUCUGACCUUGUUCAGUUAUGUUGUCAUUAUCUGUCACCUGAUUGGCUGUUCCA